ACUCUAAUUGUCCAUUCAGCAUGCCUAAUUUAGUUAUUUGUCCCCUCAAUAACAUUUUUGAAUACAUCUCUUACUCUAGCAAUAUUUUCUCGUAAAGCAUCCACUUUAGUUCUCAAUCUGCAUACCAUUAAAUAAUUAAAAUCUAAAUACCUCCAAAGUAGUUCAUAUGCAUCUAUUUAACAAUUGAAGUUCAUAAUUCAACUUAGAAAUCAAGCAAAGCUACAGAUUUUUCUAAACAAAAAAUAAUUCAGUUUAAAUGAAUACAAGUACAAGAUGUGAAUCAAAACCUUUGGAUUUAGUUCACGGGUAGUAGUGUUGUCUCUCCCAUGCCAGAAAUAACUCCCAAAAUCCUUUCCUAUGAUAAAAAGGUCUUUACUUGUAAAUAAAGUGGCUUUUAAGAUGGAUCUCGCAUUGCAUGUAAGGGAACAAAAGCUCUCACAGUUUCGGGUCUAAUCCAACUCUCAAUAUUUAGUCUCUUAAAAUCCCUACCACAACCUCUACAAUUGACAACAUUUGUUAAUAUGACAAAAAGACAAUGAUUUAUGCAGCCUCCCAGCAUUUAGCUCCGGCAAUGAAUGGCAAAGUGAGAAGAGGCGAAGUGUUUAUUUAUGGCCUAAACCAUCAAUGAGAAGGAUCAAUGAUAAUAGCGCACUCUUGUAAUUGCGGCACUAGUGAUAAUUUAUGCACAAGUUGACAGAUGAAGAUGACAAAGUUACUUUUUGAGAUUUUAAAAAUCAGCAUGUUUAUGUGUAAAAAAAUAUGUGUGCAUGGAAUCUUUGUCAACAACAACAAACCCAAGAGAGACGGUUUGCGUUAGACUCUUGAUGCUUUUACUUUACCAAAACUUCAUAGUUCAUCGAGAAAUAGAUGCAAAGGAAUUUUAAUUUGCCAUUUUGAUCUAGUGAAUAAUUUACCUAAAGCUUAAACAUUGUCAAAAUGGAUUUUUUAGUUCCAUUAGCUACACAAAAAUUUCAUAGAAUCCCUUAUGAAUGAGAAUUGAUUCAUAUUAAUUUUCUUCAAAAUACAAUUGUCAAGAAGAUCCAAAUGAUAGAGUCACUUGCCUUCGGAUGGAUGCUCAAACCCGGAAUCCACAAUAGCAUGCAGCAGCUCUGGCUUGAGAAGAAAGUCUGUGAAACCCGAAUUGUGGAUUGAAUGAUAUCCCCUAAUAAUUUAAAAAAUACAAAUUUUCACUUCUAUGAUCAGUUAGAAAUACACACCAUCAAAAAACACAUCUUAUAUAAAGUUAUGGUGGCAUGUUAAAAUUUCUUAUUUUUAAAAUCAACUAUACAUGAACUUUCAACUUUCAAGCAUCUACAACAAAUCAACUUCAGAGACACAAGACAAAUUGUUCUGAUUAAUGAGCGUAACAUGCAUAAAUUUCAAUUGAUAACCAGAAAGAGAUAAUAGAUCUAAGAUCAGAAAUAAACUAUUUGGUCAAUUAUCUUUAAAAUGAAGAGCUCUAGCCAAUAAAUAGUACCAAUGGAGAAACAAAAAAACUAAAGAAUUGAAAUCCAAGUUAAUACAUUGGAUUAUGAAGCCAUUUCGCUCAGAAUCCUAGAAGGAUGUUCUUCAAUUUUGCUUCAGACAACAAGAAUCUACGAUUGAGUUCGCAGAUGAACGAUAACGGCGUAGAAUCCACAGAGUAACGACGUAGAAUACCACAAGUUACAUCACUAAAAUGCACCUCAAACGAGGCUCUUUUAAUACAUGAACAACCUCACAAAAAACCAACCAAGAAUCCACAAAAAGUUGGUCAAAAAACAAGCAUAAACUUGAUACAUAUGCAUUCCAAAUUCUCUCUGUGAACAGUAAAUACGAAAUUGAAAAAGGCACCAAAUCAAUAGGAGAAUGAACUGAUAAUGAAAUCCAAGUUCAUACCAUGGAAGAGGAUUACAUACUACUCAAAAUAUCUGAGAAAUUAGCUAUCAAAAUGGUAUGGACCGAAGUGAAUCAGAGAUGCAAAACCGCGAGUGAACAGUGCCGAGGUGGGCGUCGACCUUCGUUUCAUAAAAAAUCCUUCAUCAAAAAUAGCAAAAUCACCUCUGAAUUGGAUUCACCAGGUAUUGGCUCACCCAAGGUUCCAAAAAUGAAGCAAAACCAGCUCAAAUCCAUGGAAUAAUAGCUGAUUCCCUCUUCGCGGCACUGUUCAUCACGCGGCUAGAGUUGAGAGCUCAUCUCUUAUCUCAAUCUCAAUGACUUUGUGGUU